AUGGAUUUGGAGAUUAUGUGGAAGCGAAGAAAUAGGGUUGCGCAUGGUCUACCUAGGAUCAAGUGGGGAGCUUUGACUAAAGACAGAGGCCCGAAGUUGGGGGAUAAGUUUUUGGCUAUGGAGGCAUGGAGGAGCAGUGGGGACGUGAGUGGGAGGUAUUGGGGGUCUCGAAGGGCCCCAUCUAGUGGUCACAAAAGGGACUGGUGGUGGAGCACUGAGGUCCAAGGUAAAGUGGAAGUCAAGAAAGCGGCAUAUUUGAAGCUUUUGGAGAGUAGGGUCGAGGAGGAGAAGAGGACGGAUAGGGAGCUGUAUAAGGUGGCUACGAAGGAAGCGAAUUUAGCAGUAACAGCGGCUAAGACUGCUACAUUUGAACGCUUGUAUGAAGAACUUGUAGGAAAGGGAAAGGAUAAGAAGCUUUACAAGCUAGCCAAGACUUACUUCCGUAAACUCUUGAACGAAGAGGGGGAUAGGAACAUUGUGUUGAGUGACUUAGAACUCUCUAAGAGUCAUCGGGACUUUGGGUAUUGUAGACGUAUAAAACUUGAGGAGGUAGAGGGGGUUAUGCGUAAGAUGAGCAAGGGGAAGAGCGACCAGACAAACGAAAUCCCGGUGGCAUUUUGGAAAAGCGUGGGUAGGGCGGACUUGGAAUGGCUAACUGGGCUGUUCAAUAUUAUUUUUAGGACGAAAAUGAUGCCCGAGGAAUAG